AUGUUGCUCACACUAAAGCCUCUCCCGCAGAACGGAACGAACGGCCCUCAUGAAUACUCUAGCGUCCGACAGGCUGUUCCCUCUCGCCGUUCCCCUUGGACAACCUUCCGUGCCAGUUCUGCUCCUUCCGCUUCGUCUUCGAAACAAUCUCGAGAUCCAGAUCCAGAAAUGGACAAUCAUCCGAGGAGAGAGCUCCCCCCUCCAUCUGCGAUGACUCGCCCCGCGGAAUCGCCCAUGCCGGCUGUAGGAUCACAAGGCCAACUCCCUACGCUGGACCCAGCGUACUAUUCGGAAGACUCCAUGCGACAAUGGCUGCGCACCAAAGCGGAGGAAGAUCGGAGACGGCAGGAAGAGGAGCGCACCCGUCAAGAAACGUUGAAGCUGGAACAACGACGGAUUGAGCAAAGUAUGCUACGCGAUGCAUUCCAAGCGGGUGUUCCCCCUCAGAUGGUGCCUUUGAUAUUUGUGGGGAUUGGCGGGGGGAAUCUCAGCAUGUCACCAGAUGUGGCUCAGCAGAUUGAUUCGAGUAUACAACAAGCGCAUUCAUGGCAGCAACAACAUCGUGCACAUACGGUCCAGCAACAGGUUGUGUCCACUCAGAUAAAUCCUCGUCUUCCGCCCCCCGGCACAGAUCUGUCACAGUCCCUCCCACUGGACGUUCGCCGAGAUAAUAAUAGGGCCAUCCCACCGAAUCCUUACGCAUCUCAGCCAGCGCCAGUGCGAAACACAUCCCCACCACAGCAUKUGCCUGCGUCACCAACUCAGACACAACUCUAUCGUGGGUCACUACAGCCGGCUCGGUUGCACUCCUUCGGAGACUCACAGCCUCAGCAGUCGGCCAUGCCACGUCUAAAUACAAGUGAAAUACAAUUUUCGCAUUCAUCGCAUAAUAUAGCUACUACUCAACCUCAACCUGGCGCGGCUCCUUCCUAUGUGCCCGUGUCUGCUUCUGCUCCCCCUCCAGCUACAACCAAGCCCGAGACGCAACCCACUCAGUCUCCGUCUAUUUAUUUCCAUCACUGGGUUCCGCCGAGCCAAUCUCAACCAAGUACACCGUCCACUAGGGGACGGCAAGAAUCAUCUUCGCGACCUCAUGGUCAGGGCGAGGCUCAUGCCUCCCCCGGACGAAAACGAAAAGCUGUCGGAUCACACCCACCGCCUCCGCCGCCCGCAUCGCAACAGGAACAACCCUCACCAGCGUUUUCGCAUGCGUCACCGCGUCGUGGCUCCACGGCGCGAAUGGGACAGGGUGCAAGCCAUUUUCGUCGACAGAGCGAUCUAAGCCAUGGCUCUCGACAAGAGCACUCUGAAUCUGACUCGGACAAUUUUUCGCGUUUUCGCCCGGGACGCGAAUCAAUUCUAAAUCCUAUACAGCCGAGUUCAAGGAGAACGAGCUCGGAUGCACCGCCGGGACAGCCGCCAGGACGAUAA